UCAGCUGUGAUUCCUGAUUUUUCUUUUUUAUAUCUGUAUCUUUAUAGACUUUCAUCUGAGAAGUUCAAGGUAUUUUGUACAACUCCGCCACACAGACCGUGAGUCUUCAGCACAUUUGUAAGAGAUGGCUGCCAUCCGGAAGAAACUGGUGAUUGUUGGUGAUGGAGCCUGUGGCAAGACGUGCUUGCUCAUAGUCUUCAGCAAGGACCAGUUCCCAGAGGUGUAUGUGCCCACGGUGUUCGAGAACUACGUGGCAGACAUCGAGGUGGACGGGAAGCAGGUAGAGUUGGCUUUAUGGGACACAGCUGGGCAGGAAGAUUACGAUCGCCUGAGGCCCCUGUCCUACCCAGACACCGACGUGAUACUGAUGUGCUUCUCUAUCGACAGCCCUGAUAGCUUAGAAAACAUCCCAGAGAAGUGGACUCCGGAAGUCAAGCAUUUCUGUCCCAACGUGCCCAUCAUCCUGGUUGGGAACAAGAAGGACCUUCGGAAUGACGAGCACACACGGCGGGAGCUGGCCAAGAUGAAGCAGGAGCCGGUAAAACCUGAAGAGGGCAGAGAUAUGGCAAACAGGAUUGGCGCUUUUGGGUACAUGGAGUGUUCAGCAAAGACCAAAGAUGGAGUGAGGGAGGUUUUCGAAAUGGCCACGAGAGCAGCUCUGCAAGCCAGACGUGGGAAGAAGAAAUCUGGGUGCCUUGUCUUGUGAAAGCUUGCUCCAAGCACAGCCCUUACGCGGUUAAUUUGGAAGUGCUGUUUAUUAAUCUUAGUGUAUGAUUACUGGCCUUUUUUCAUUUAUCUAUAAUUUACCUAAGAUUACAAAUCAGAAGUCAUCUUGCUACCAGUAUUUAGAAGCCAACCAUGAUUAUUAAUGAUGUCCCACCCGUCUGACCCUGCUUGGGUAGAGUCAGCCGGGGUCCCCAACACCGCUCUAACAGCCCUCCUCUGCGCUCCCACCUGACAAGCCAGGCGCUAAUUCAAGGAUUUCUUAACUUCUUGCUUCUUUCUAGAAAGAGAAACCGUUGGUAACUUUUGUGAAUUAGGCUGUAACUACUUUCUAACUAACAUGUCCUGCCUGUCGCCUGCCAGCUGCAACGGCUCUGCUGAGUCUCCACUUCAGAGCUUUGCCCCAGAGAGCUGGGAAGCUCGGGGGCUUUGCUCUGCGGGGGCUGGAGGCCUCCGUUCUAGGGCUUGGCCCACCAGUUCAGCCAGAAUGGCCGAGCGGAGCUGCAGCUGUGGCAGUUACAGUCCCUGUGGUUCCAUGUUAGUUACCUUAUAGUUACUGUGUAAUUAGUGCCACUUAUGUAUGUUACCAAAAAUAAAUAUAUCUACCCCAGGACUAGAUGGAGUAUUUUUUGUAUAAUUGGAUUUCCUAAUGCUGAUAUUUGUCAUCCCCAAAGAAAGUGUAUUGGUUUUUUAAAAAAAAGAAAGUGUAUUUGGAAAUAAAGUCAGAUGGAAAAUUCAUUUUUAAAAUUCCCUUUUUGUCACUUUCUCUGAUACAAGGUGGCCAUGCUGUCCCAUUUCGGCCCCACUACCCCAGGACCCCUCUCCAGAGCUGGGCUGAGCACACAGGAGUUGGUUUCACGUCUGAGGCAGUUAGACGCUGGGGCAGGGGGCCCCGUCAGCCGAACUGCAGGGCCUGGCUCUAGUGCACAGCGCUGUCCUCCCUGUCCCCAGGUUCCCUCCAGAGGAGCCACCGUUCUCGUGGUGGCACUCAUUUCUCUCCUCUCUCCAGCUGACUAAACUUUUUUUCUGUACCAGUUAAUUUUUCCAACUAUUAAUAGAAUAAAGGCAGUUUUCUAAAC